UCUACCGCCAUCUAGCGGUAAGGCCGCGCAGUACCGGUGUGCCUCGCCCUACGUCACACAAUAAUAAGGAAGAAGCGGCCAAACAAACAACACGAGUCCAGGAGCUCUAUGGAGAGAUAUUCACUCCAGAAAGUCGUCGGUGAAGGGUCUUUCGGUCGGGCUUUGUUAGUCCGGUGUAAAAACAGUCAGGAGAAGUAUGUGGUCAAGGAAAUUCAGCUGCCAAAGAAUCAGUCCAAACUGGAGAAUUCGAGGAGAGAAGCCGUCCUGCUGUCCAGAAUGAAACAUCCUAAUAUUGUGGCCUUCAGGGAGGCAUUCGAAGCUGAUGACCUCCUGUGUAUCAUUAUGGAGUACUGCAGUGGAGGAGACCUGCUCCAGAGGAUCCGGCAACAGAAAACCAAGCAGUUCUGUGUUGAUGAUAUCUUGAGGUGGUUUGCUCAAAUGUGUGCUGCUGCAGAAUAUAUCCAUGACAAACGGGUUUUGCACAGAGAUCUGAAGUCCAAGAACAUUUUCCUGACAGAUAAGGGGACAAUCAAGCUUGGGGACUUUGGCUCAGCGUGUAUUCUGAACAGCUCAAAGGCCUACGCUCAUACAUAUGUUGGGACACCAUAUUAUGUGGCUCCAGAAAUCUGGGACAACAAGCCAUACAACAAUAAGAGUGAUGUGUGGUCUCUGGGCUGCGUUCUCUACGAGCUCUGCACCCUGCGACACCCGUUCCAGGCAUCCAGCUGGAAAAGCCUGAUUCUUAAGGUGUGUCGGGGCGCGUACCCUCCCCUCCCCAAUCACCUGCCCUACGAGCUGCAGUAUUUGGUCAAGCAGAUGUUUAAGACAAACCCAAAUGACAGGCCGUCCCUGCACACCAUCCUGACCUCUCAUCGGGUUUCCAGACUGCUGCGCGCACAUCUGCCCUCCCAGGCGAUAGAGACGGAGGAACAGGGGAGGCGUACGGGUCAAUGGAACAGAGAAGAGGGAAAGAAGGUGGCUAAUCUUCUGGGAGAGAAGAGUUUAAUAAAAACAUCAACAUUUGAAGGCGUGGAGUUACGUGAAGCCCACUGUGAAAGCAGAGAGCCGGGUCCUCGAAAGCAGUGGGCCGCUGAGCCAACAGACACUGUGCUGCAGAUGUUGGCCAAUGCCAGCCUCGUCUCGUCUGACAGCAUGGCAUCAACCAGCCAGACUCUCAUAGGUUCUACUCAUGGAAGUGUGUCAGAGGAGCCAGAGGGCAGCAGGCAGAGGAGACGAUGGGAGAGGGAUCCUCCUGAGAGGCUUCUGAGUCUGUUGGAGAAGGCCCGGCUGAGCAGAGCCUUCAGCACCUUUUUAAUAAACAGAGGAGGGGACGACCCUCUGGUGGGUCCCCUCUCCCAGCCGCAGGGUGACGACACUGACGGUCCUGAGCUGGAAGUGGCCGUAGAUGAGGACCGGCUGCAGCCUCGUUCUGAUGACGAGGACACAGACUUUGAGGAAGAGUCUCCAUGCGACUGGAUAGAUGAAGCUGAGAAAAUGUUUUCAGAACACUAAAGCUGCAUUCCUUCUGAGCCUACACAAUCACAAGGCUGUCAUUAAUGUUUACAUUUGCCAAAAACACUACCUGUUUGCACAUGCCAAAAUCACUUGAUGUAUAUGAGACCAGGUAUUGCUCUUAUAAACCAAUUAUUUGACCAAUUUUUAUAGCAGGUUAUAUCCAAGUUUAGAAAAAAAGUAAACAGUUUAAGCUCAGACAGUAACAGUGAGACAGUAAGUUGUUAUAUUGUAUGUUUCAAGCACUACUCUGACUUUUGUGAACUUGAUCUCACUGCUGCAGCAAAACACUAAAAUUUGAAUUGAAUAUUGUUCAUUAAAACCUUUUUUACAUAAA